CCCUUUCUUAGGGUUUUUUGUCACACACUUUACUUGAUUAUCGACAUGGCCGGAAUCAGGGUACAGCCGGACGAUGCAGACGUCUCGCAGGCAGCGCGGCAGGUGGCCGCCGUUGAUCUGAUCUCCGAUGACGAUCGGUCUGUGACGGCUGACUCCUGGUCCAUCAAGAGCGAGUACGGCAGUACUCUCGAUGACGAGCAGCGCCACGCUGAUGCUACUGAAGCCCUCUCCGCUGCCGCCUAUCGUGCCCCAUCAGAAUACAGUUCUGACAAGGAGGAGCCAGAUGCUGAAGCAGUUUCAUCAUUGCUGGGUUUUCAGAGUUAUUGGGACACUACAUAUGCAGAUGAGUUGGCAAAUUUUCGGGAGCAUGGUCAUGCUGGUGAAGUUUGGUUUGGAGCUGAUGUGAUGGAAAUUGUUGCUUCUUGGAGCAAAAACUUAUGCAUUGGAAUAUCUCAACGUCACUUGCCAAAUCAUGUAGAUAUUGCGAAUGAUUUGUCUGCUGGAGAGCCUGAAAAUGAGUUGUCUAAC